CCCUGCACGCUUGCGGAAAGGUCGAAAGUCAGAGGUCGUGCAGCCAUCAUGGCGGCGCUGUGUCGGACCCGUGCCGUGACUGCCGAGAGACAUCUCCUGCGAAUGUUUCUCCUCUCCCGGCCCUGUCGAGGCGUAGGGACUGAGAGUGCCUCCGGGAGCGAGAAUUCCGAGCCCACGGAGCCUAGCACGCGCCCAGGCGGCUUCGCGAGCGCUCUGGAGCGGCACUCGGAGCUGCAGCGGAAGGCGGAGCUCGGGCAGACGAGAGGCUCUCUGAAAAAUGUGGAAUCCUUCGCGUCUAUGCUGAGACACUCUCCUCUGACACAGAUGGGACCUGCCAAGGAUAAACUGGUCAUUGGACGGAUCUUUCAUAUCGUGGAGAAUGAUCUGUAUAUAGAUUUUGGCGGCAAGUUCCACUGUGUGUGUAGAAGACCGGAAGUAGACGGAGAGAAAUACCAGAAAGGAACCCGAGUCCGGCUGCGGCUGUUAGAUCUUGAACUCACGUCCCGGUUCCUGGGAGCCACGACGGACACGACUCUCCUUGAGGCGGAUGCGAUUCUCUUAGGACUCCAGGAGAGUAAGGACUCCAAAUCAAAAGAGGAGCCUUGUGAGAAAUAGAGGAACUUGGCUGAGUGUUCACUUCUUUUUCGUUGAACACAGAUAUUCAUCAAGAGCUCGAUUGGAAAAUUAUGAAUAAAUGAUUGAAAGAAGACAUAACAAAUGAAACUAUAAUUAUAGCUCUUACCUGUUAGAAUUUUCUUUAGCUGUGUCUCCCCUGCCCCCUUUUUUAUACCCGUUCUUUCCUUGGAUUGGAGUAGUGUAAAACGUACUGAGAAAUUCUCCCUUUCAAUAAAUAUGUUUCUUGUGCUAUCUGUA